UGGCGAGUGGUAUAUGGCUGAAGGAGGCGGAGGAGGAGUCGAUUGACAUGGAGAAUCCCCCGCAGUAGAGAAUAUUUACUUCGGCGUGUUUUCACGAAGAUUAACUUCUCGUAGGUUUUUAGGAGCGGAUUUCUGCAGAUAUUUAAACCCCAGUUUAGGAGUUUAAGUGAAGAAAUAAAGGAGGAGCCUGUGCUGAGAGACUGGAGCGGUGAACGGUGCGCAGAGAAGAGGAGAGAGAGAGAAAGCUCCGGCGCUGUUUAUUUUUCUCUUGACCACUCCAGCCUUUUUUCCUGCGGUCAUUACGCAGUUCUCUCAGGCUGGAUCUGGAGGGGUUUAACCCGCUGGUCAUGACUCUGCUCGGCUAUAGAGUCGCGGAUCUGAGGGCUCUUUUUCAGUAGAGAGGAGCGGGAGCGGAGUUUAGAGUUAGUUUGUAGUUUGUUUGGGAGUUCAUAUGUAGCUACAAGUGCUUUAAACUCCAGCUACAUUUCAGCGUUUAUUUGAACUGCGGGAUAAAAAGUGCUUAAAAUCGUCUCAAGAAAUGCAAUGGGAUUAAGUAGGACCUUUCACCGGAGCAGAACUUCACCCCAGAGCCAGUUCAGACGACCAGGUCUGCUGAGGACAGUCACACCCCAGAAAAUGUGAAAGCCUCAUUAAGAAGCCCUCCAUCACAUUAGUCGUGCAGCAAUAGCAAUGGAGAGGAGCAAGCGCAACUCCAUUGCUGGCUUCCCCAUGCGGCCUGACCGGCUGGAGGACCUGGACGGUGGAGGUGUUGGAGGUGAGACGGGCCCUGCCCAGCUGGACAGGGUUUGCCCCUCAUCCUACCGUGCCCUCAUCAGUGCCUUCUCCUGCCUGACGCGCCUUGAUGACUUCAUAUGUGAACGGAUUGGCUCUGGCUUCUUCUCCGAGGUCUACAAGGUGCGUCACAGAGCCUCAGACCAGGUGAUGGCUCUGAAGAUGAACAAGCUGAGCAGUAACCGGGCCAACAUGCUGCGAGAAGUACAGCUCAUGAACAGGCUCUCCCACCCGAACAUCCUCAGGUUUAUGGGAGUGUGUGUGCAGGAAGGUCAGCUCCAUGCCCUCACAGAGUACAUUAACGGUGGAAACUUGGAACAGCUGCUGGACAGCAACAAGUUUCUGAGCUGGGCCUCACGGGUAAAACUGGCCUCAGAGAUUGCCAUGGGCCUGGCCUACCUGCACUCCAAGGGCAUCUUUCACAGAGACCUCACCUCUAAGAACUGCCUGAUUAAAUCAGAUGAAAAUGGCUACACUGCAGUGGUUGGAGACUUCGGCCUUGCAGAGAAGAUCCCCAGUCAUGAUGCUGAUGGGGAGAAGCUGGCUGUUGUGGGUUCUCCAUUUUGGAUGGCUCCAGAGGUUCUGAGAGAUGAACCAUAUAAUGAGAAGGCUGAUGUUUUUUCUUAUGGCAUCAUCUUAUGUGAGAUCAUCGCCAGGAUCCAGGCUGAUCCAGACUUCCUGCCUCGCACUGAGAAUUUUGGGCUGGAUUACCAUGCGUUCCAGCAUAUGGUUGGAGACUGUCCCCCCGACUUCCUGCAGCUGGCCUUCAACUGCUGUAAUAUGGACCCAAAGCUCAGGCCCUCCUUCCCAGAAAUAGUGAAGAGGCUGGAAGACAUCCAGAGACGUCUGAAAGCUGAGGAAACUGAGAGGGAGAGGCUCCACAUCCCAACAGAGAUUGAGAAAAAGACCAUCCCCAAAGGUGAAAAGUUCCCAUCCAUGAAGAGGUUGAACCCUCGGAGCCCGCAGGAUGACAAGAUCCCGCCCAAGUCUCCCAGACCACGGCGCAACAUCUGGCUCUCUCGAAGCCAGUCUGACAUCUUUUCUCGCAAGCCAGGACGCAAGAUCAACGUCCAGGACUCAUCCCACAGUCCCGGGCUGAGGGAACCCUCUAGAGGGGUCCCCAAGGUCAACCCCUUCAGCGCGAGGGAGGACCUGAAGGGUGGCAAGAUAAAGUUCUUCGACAUGCCCAGCAAAUCGGUCUUCUCCCUUAUGUUUGACCUGCGCUCUCCACAAGGCAGCCUGAGCACGUAUCAACCGCAGCCCAAUGCCAGCAGUGGCGCCGUGUGUGGCGGCUCCUCAGCCCAAUGGCCUGAACUGUGGCAGUUGCCUGGCCGCCAGUGCCGCUCACUACCAGUUUCGCCCCAGCCUGCCCUGUGUGAAACCUGUGCAGCAAGGAGUGGAGAAGCUGGAGAUGCAAGGCCCAAGGUGCUCAGCGGCUGGGCAAAGAAAUACACUGUGACAGAGAUCCCACCCUACAGGCCGAGAACGGAGAGGGAGAUAGAGCCGGAUGAAGAGGAAGGGCCAGAAGAAGAGGAGGAGGAGGAAGAGGAGGCAGAGCCAGAGAUGAGCCAGUCAUGCCCUGCUUCAUCCUACUGGCAAAGGAUAGAGAGCGGAGUGCAACCAGAUGAGACAACGGAGGCAGACGAUAACUGGUCCUGCCCUGCCUCCACCGACACCGAGGCAGAAGCCAUGGACUGCUCCAGCAGCAGAGGCAGCCCCAUCGACGACAGUAAGGAUAAGGAGCAGACCCUGGGCUUGGUCCAGAUGCAGAACAGAAACGGACAGAGGCUGGUGCCCUGCGAGGACAUGGAGGCCGAGGAUCAAGAGGCCAUGCUGACCUUGUCCUCCUCCACUAACAGGAACUCAAUCGCCCUGAGCGUUUCAAUGGAGCCGCAGGAUCUCCGGCCCAUAGUCCUUUCGCCCUGCCAGGCCUCCAGGACGCCUGACCUCCUGUCUCGCUGUGACAUCUGAAGACAUCUAAAAGAUGCUGCCUCAGAAAUCGUCCAUUGCGGAAAGAGAACUGAUAACAAGAAGACUGAGAACAAGCACAUAGUUUUCAUGGUUCUAUUUAAUACAUUUAAAAGAUGUACAUUUUUUUCUUUUGUUUCUUGAAAGAAAAAAAGGAGAUCCUUAUAACUUAAGCAUACAUGGGGUUUAAACAAAAGUGUAUAAAAUUGAAAUAUGAAACACCGAUCCAGAUUGAUACCUUACACUGUGGUUUCCAACCCUGGUCCUUGAGAGGACCCAAAAGCUUAAAUUGGCCUUCAGGGUAGGCAGCCACUCUAAAGUUUGACCUGGGUUUUCCACAUGGCAGCAUGGGUGUGUAUCAACCACAGCCCAAGGAAGGUCAGCAGUGGUGCUGAGUGUGGCAGCUCCUCAGCACAAUGGCCUGAACUGUGGUAGUGUCUUGGCUGGCAGUGCCGUUCACUGCCUGUGUCUCCCUAGCCAGGCCAGUAUCUUGCAGAAACACAAAUCCUGUGCCUGUAGUGUAUGCCAUUUUCUACACCCAUAGCUUGAUGGCUCCUACAUCUUGUGGCAUCAUAGAACGCAUUCACUGUCAUUGGUUCGCUGAGCAUCAAAUUCCCACCUUUGUAUUCCUACCUUUGCUGCCUUCACCAACUGUUUUGUCUGUGCUAUUGCAGAAAUAUAAAUGCAUGGGCAUUAGCACAGGUAUAAAAGCAUAGAUGACAGCACAGGCUACGUCUUAGACACAGAAGUACGCGUUUCCAAUGAUAUGAUUAGCUGAAUCAGGUGUCUUGGAAAAGCUUAAGCUCAAACGGGUACAGUGCUUGAGCUUCUCAAGGACCAGAGUUUGGAACCACUUGUCCUAACGUACCAUCAAGGGCUCACAUAGAGGGAGAGCAAAUAAGCUAACGCAACAUAGGGCUAAUGGGUUAUUAUUACAAUCUACAUGUUUGUUUGAAUGUAUUUUAACACCUUAACAAGCACCACUAUGUUCUUCUUAACUGUUUAAGCGCUUACUUAUACGUCUCAAACCCACAGAUUCUGUUAUCCUGUGUGUAUAAAGUGGGUUUUGAUAACUGUAAAAGUUGCAAUAAAAGGACCCUUUUGAA